AAGUGACCGAUUUUAAACGGGACGUUGUUUUCUUUUUCAUGUUUAUUAUACAAGGACAGCAAAAUGAAUUAUACAAAUAUGUUUCUGGUAUUAGUUUUAACAUUUUGUGUGUUAUGGAUGUUCAGUUCAUCCCUGUGUCUAGUGUUUGGAUUAUUUGUAAGUUUAAGUGUUGAUAUACAUGCAAUAUGGAGAAAUGUAUUGGUCCUUUAUUUCUGUAAGAUGAGACGGAGAUAUCAUCCGAAGAAAAUAACUGAUCUCAAUAUAUUCAAAGUAAUAUGUUUACCAACCGAUGUAGACACCGACCUACAACUUACGAGUGGACGUCUUCUCAGAGAAUGUGGAUUUGGUCAAAGAGAAUUCUGGGUAGAGAAUUUCGUUGAAGAUGUCGUGGAACGUUUAAAUGGGAAGAUGAAAGUUGAAGCAUAUCAUCUGUCAUAUGAUACUCCUAUUGAAAUGUUUGAAACAUUCAAAAUAAUAGCUGUGUUGAUAUAUUGGGAUGACACAGCGUUCUAUAUGAAGCAGACGAUAGAAAGAAACAGAGACAAGAAGCAAUGUGCGACCAUUUUAUCCCGCCACAAACUCACAAACGUUACGACGAAACAAAUUCUUAAUUCAUUAGAUAAAUGUGAUGUAGAAAGUAAACCGGUUCCAUCAGACCUGUUACAGAAACUACAGACGCUAAGUGGGAACUUUUCUAAGAAACAAUAGCUUUGUACUACUUAGUAUCUAUACCUUUAUUAAGUAUACUUUCUUACGUAAUACUUAAUUGCACUAGUGUAUACAUUCACAUUUAAAAUAAAUGUACUUAUAUAAGUGUUGAAGAACAUUAUUAGAGGCAUUCCUGAAUGUUGUUAUCUGAGUACACUCCCGUGGUGUGCGCUUAGGGGCGCUUAAACAUAAAAAGCAGUGUUUUGAUAUUUAAUAAAUUAUAUACUGAUCAAAAAUAAUAAAGAUGUUGCGUCAUAUUUAAACAAAGGUGUGAAUGGGACAAGUUUUUCUAAAAGACUUACUUUAGAGCGAGCAGCUGACCGACAUAGAUCUAAUAAAUGAAACAGAUGAAAAGAAAAUACUACUCUCAACUCAAUUGGAACACUGACGAUUACUCACAAUCAUCUCAGACAUAACACGAAAUAAAAAUAUACCUACAAAGUGACAGAUUUAAACAAUUCUUUGUUUAAAAUGAAUAACAAGUAUAUAUUUGACAUCCAAAGGAAAACAAAGUCUAUACCGUUGAAAUAACAGACUCAAUUUAAAAUUGUCCAUUGAAAUAUAUGUACUAUCAUACAUUGUAACAAUGUGUCAUAGAACGAGAAAUAUUCUUUUUGUAAUACAUGUAUUCUAUUAUUUGCACUUUACAUAUCGUCAUAGCAUAUGUACUACGUCUAUUUUUAUAUUUUGUAAAUAUUUGUUAUGAAUAAAUAUCUUGGAUAUAUACAUGAACC